AUGGCCAUUACCGAUAUGCUCAAUCGGCGAGUGCGAGCUCAGCCAGAAGAUGAAGAUGUCUACGACGAAGUAUCAGGCUCAGACAAUGGUUCUCAGGAUGACUCCGAUGCCGAAUCCAACGGUUCCAUCAACUCAAACUCAGAAACCGACUCCAAUGCUGAAGAAAUAGAUGCAGAAUCCGAUUCUGAAGCCAGCAAUCCCGACACCGAAGCAGAGUCAGAAGCAGAAUCAGAAGCCUCCGAAAACAAUAACGACGACGACUUCAAAUCCUCACUAGCCGAGAUCUCCUUCGGCGCGCUCGCCAAAGCACAAGCCUCCCUACGUGAGAAAAAGCGCAAAACCAAAACCCAAGAACCAAACGCAAGCAACACAGUCGAGGAAAUCCGCAGCAAACUCCGCGAAGCACGCGAACAAAAAGCCGCCGCAGAAGAAAAAGCCGCACGCAAAGAAGCCAAGCUCAAAUCCCGCAGCUCCAAACACGCACCUAUGGUGCUAUCCUCGAAACGGGCCGUAACGCGCAAACGCACGGCAGUGGAAUUACCGCCGGCGCCGCGCUCCCGCGACCCGCGCUUCGACGCAGCGGUCAUGGGCCACAGUGGUGUCGGCAAGCAUCCGCACGGCGGGAAAGCGUAUGCUUUCUUGGACGAGUACCGGGCGUCUGAGCUGAAGGAGUUGAAGGAGCAGAUGCGGAAGACGAAGAAUCCGGAGCAGAAGGAGAAGAUUAAGGGGGAGGUUAGGCGGAUGGAGGAUAGACUGCGGUCUGCGGCUAAUAAGAAGCGGGAGGCGGAGGUUGUGGCUGAGCAUAAGAGGAGGGAGAAGCAGUUGAUUAAGGAGGGGAAGAAGGCUAAGCCUUAUUAUUUGAAGAAUUCGGAGUUGCAGAAACAGGUUAUGGAGAAGAAGUAUGAGGAGAUGGGGUCUAGGGAGCGGGCGAAGGCGCUUGAGAGGAGGAGGAGGAAGAUGGCUUCGAAGGAGAGGAAGGAGAUGCCCUGGGAGAGGAGGGGGUUUGAGGGUGGUGGUGAUCAGGAUGGGGGUGUGCCUAAUGGUGGGAAGAGGAGGAGAUUGGAGUAG